GAACUAUUCAGCGCUCACUCUCUCCAACUGCCAAAAAGCGUACUCCGAUCGAUCCAUAAAUCUCGAGCAUUUCGAUUCUUCAGAUCUUCGGAUUUUCGCUCGGCAUCUGAAUUUCUGAGAGCUGAAUCUUCCACCAUGGAGGAGAAGAAGCGGAGGAUCUUCACGCAGUGCGUGUUGCUGCUAGUCAUCGCCUGCUUCGUUUCUCGCCUGCACGCUUCUUCUGAUCGGACUUUCUACGAUUCGUUCGAUGAUGCGUUUGAUGGAAGAUGGAUUGUGUCUGAGAAAGAGGAGUAUAAAGGUGUGUGGAAACACUCCAAGAGUGAGGGGCACGAUGAUUACGGGCUUCUUGUCAGUGAGCCAGCCAGGAAAUAUGCUAUUGUCAAGGAGCUUGAUGAGGUCGUCAACUUCAAAGAUGGAACUGUUGUUCUCCAAUAUGAAGUUCGCCUCCAGAAUGGGCUUGAAUGUGGUGGUGCUUAUAUCAAGUACCUUCGUCCCCAGGAUGCUAAGUGGUUGCCCAAAGAAUUUGAUAAUGAAUCUCCCUAUUCUAUUAUGUUUGGACCUGAUAAAUGUGGACCAACUAACAAAGUUCAUUUCAUUUUGAAGCAUAAGAACCCUAAGAGUGGGGAGUAUGUCGAACAUCACCUCAAGUUCCCACCCUCUGUACCUUCUGACAAACUAACCCAUGUUUAUACUGCAAUACUGAAACCUGACAAUGAAGUUCGUAUCUUGGUUGAUGGAGAUGAGAAGAAGAAGGCUAACUUCCUCUCAGGUGACGACUUUGACCCACCACUUAUCCCUUCUAAGACUAUUCCUGAUCCUGAUGAUACAAAGCCUGAGGACUGGGAUGAGAGGGCAAAGAUUCCAGACCCAGAUGCAAAGAAGCCAGAUGAUUGGGAUGAGAAUGCACCUAUGGAGAUUCCAGAUGAGGAUGCUGUGAAGCCUGAAGGAUGGUUGGAUGAUGAGCCUGAGGAGAUUGAUGACCCUGAAGCUACAAAACCUGAAGAUUGGGAUGAUGAGGAGGAUGGUGAGUGGGAGGCUCCAAAAAUUGACAACCCGAAGUGUUCUGAAGGCCCUGGUUGUGGAGAGUGGAAAAGACCAACGAAGAAGAAUCCUGCUUACAAGGGAAAAUGGCAUGCACCUCUCAUUGAAAACCCCAAUUACAAGGGUAUUUGGAAGCCAAAGGAAAUUCCAAACCCUGAAUACUUUGAACUUGAUAAGCCCAACUUUGAACCUAUUGCAGCAGUUGGAAUUGAGAUAUGGACAAUGCAAGAUGGUAUCUUGUUUGACAAUAUCCUGAUCAGCAGUGAUGAGAAAGUUGCAGAAUCGUACAGAAAGACUGCAUGGAAGCCUAAGUUUGAUAUAGAGAAAGAGAAACAGAAGGCUGAGGAAGAUUCAUCUUCUGAUGGUCUAAAAGGUUUCCAGAAGACAGUAUUUGAUCUCCUAUACAAGAUUACAGACCUCCCCUUCUUGGGUGAACACAAGAGCAAAGUACUGGAUCUACUGGAGAAGGCUGAGACACAACCUAACCUCACAAUAGGAAUUAUCAUCUCCAUCAUUGUAGUUGUCCUCACAAUUCUAUUCAAGCUUCUCUUUGGUGGAAAGAAGGCAGAACCUGCCGCAGCUGUUAAGGAAAGCAAGAAGGGUGAUGCUGCAGACAGUUCAAACGGUCAAGAAGGCACUGAAGAGAAGGAAGAGAAGGAAGAGAAGGAAGAGAAAGGGGAUGGUGGAGCUGCUCCUCGCCGGAGGAACACUAGACGGGAUAAUUAGGAUUGAAAGAAGUGGUAGAAAGAGAUCGAUUUUUGAAAUCCUAUUUGUUUUCCAUGCUUGACUUUUCAGUGGAUUAGCGGCCCGCAAAUUUUUGAUUUCCCUCGUCUCGUCUUGUUCGGAAACAUGGAAUGAAUGUAGGGCAAUGUGUAAUGAGACUGUUCGGACAUGAUCAACGGAUUAUUUUUUUCACUAAUAUAUGCCCCCGUUUCAUUGCUUGUCUAA